AUGUCUUCUUCCGCCACCCCAAACACUAACGUAGAGUCCUCCUCAAAUGGUACAAAUUCCACCGCGCCCACUUCGACUGCACCCACACCAAAGUCUCAAACGGACUCCGCCAGUUCAGCAGAAUACCUGGAGUCAGUCUGCGUGGGUGGAGUGACAGCCUGCAAUGACAGAGACUUCAACUACGAGAAUGGCGAGCUAUACAAAGCAGUCUCGCCUACCUUCAAAGCACACUUUGAGAACUUUGGCCACUCUUUGACUUUGGCCCAGCAUGCCCACUUGCUGCGUCAGACGAUCGAGCAGUACCCGGAGUACCAUGUUGAGGUGAAGAAUGUGUCUUUGGAUGUGGAUGAAGCGAAGGGUAUUGCGAUUGUGUAUAUGGAAACGGAAGUGACUGGAGCUCCACCAGAAGUCAAGACGUCGUUGAUGAAUGAGUUUAAAUGGAGACGGCAGCAGGGAGUUUGGCGAUGUUGGCUGCAUCGUGUGAUGAAGGGUGUGAGUGAAUACAACUGA